AUGGGAUCAGCUUCAUUGCUUUGCUAAGUAAAGAAAAAAUAUUGCAAUUAAUUUAAAGCAUGUUAAUUAAUACUAAAAAAUACAACAAAAGAUAAUCCUUUUUCUAAAAAAAUUAAUAGUUUGUCUUCAAGUAAAAAAUAAUAAUUUAGAGAGAGAAACAAGGGUAAAUUAAAAUACAAAAAAUUAAUAAACAAAUCAAAAGAAAGUGUUUUUCAACUUCAUUAAGUAGGAUUAUAAAAAGACAAUUCAAAUUAGUAAGCGAGAAAACAUACUUAAAUUAUAAUAGGAGCAUACGAAAGUAUGAAUAUUUUCGCUAAGUUUAGAGUUUCAAGCUCUGUAUAGAAAGCUUAAAAGUUAUGGGCGGAUUUUAAAAAAGUAAGCCAUUUGUAGGAUGAUCCUGAAACUCUAAAUAGAUUGAAAAAAUUCCUCGAUCAUGUGAAGGAGUCGUUGAAGACACUUUCAGAAAAAAGUGAUAGUAAAAAGUAGAUAGAUGGUAUAUUAGGAGAAGCAAGUGACAUUUUAAAGAGUUUGCUUAAGUUUUUAGAAGAAUAUGACAAGACUGCAGACGCUAACAGCCCAAAUAAUGCAUUAGCAAAUGAAAUUGUUAAUUAGGUUUUAGAAAUAGUUGAAUUUAUAUUGAGGGAUGAUAAAUAUAGAAAGUAAAUUGAGAAUUCUCAGACUAUUCUUAACAAUUUCUUAAGUGUCGCAGAGAAAUUGGAUAAAAGUGAAAGCAAAGUUACUGUGGUCGAGCUCAUUAUCAUGAUUGCUGAAAAUGUUGACUCAAAAGUUAGUUUUGUUUAAAAGGAAGGUUUUAGCAAGUUAAUGAAGAUGCUGAUGGACAAAGAUGAAAGAGUUUCCAGAGUCAUAAGCAGAGCGUUACUUCAUUUCUUAUAAAUUGAUAACUCGGAGGAAUCAAGGCUCCUCAAUGAAAUGUAGGGACAUAUUGAAGAAAAAGAAGAGUUCAACUCGAUAAAAAAAAAAAUAAAAAAAAUUGCAUUAGAUUUUAGAAAAUUUACAUUCAACGAAAUUCAAAGAAUAUUUUUGUAAAGUGACAAUCAAAAUACCACUAAUUAAGUUCAGGAAGAUGGAAAUACCAACAAUAGAGAAAGAUAGUAAAGUGUAACCAAAAAGACUUCUCUCUACUAUUAAAAUAAUAGAAAAGAUUCGAAUGGCAAUAUUCUUAGUAAUGGAAAAGUGUAAGAAUUUGUUGAUCCUCCUACUUAUGAAGAUAUUUUUGAAAUGGACUUAAAGCUUUUGAUUGCUUUAAAGAUUAAUUAGCAAAAUAAUAUCAGCGAGUAAGCAAACAUUUUAUCAAACGAUCAUUUAGAAAUUAGCGUUAGUUCUAAUGAACGAGUUAUACAAUAAAAUAAUAAUAUGAUGGCUAAUUCUUAGUAAAAUAUCAAGCCUCAAAGCAACCAUGGAAGCAUUAUAGAGGAAGAACUAGAAGAAUAAAAAAAUAACUAAGGCAGUAUCAAUUACUAAGGAGGUCAAGGAAGCUAGAUUAAAUCUAUUGAUCAACAAUCUGAUUAAAGUGAUGAAAUUUUUACCAUUUUAUAGGGAGGAUUUAAAGCUAUUUUGAAAACUCUUCACAACGGUAAUAACAAUGAAGAAGCUUAAUUGAAUUUAAUGUAAACUAUUUACAAAUUGCUUAGUAGCGAAGAUCAAAAGUAUAAAGCAGAAUUUAGAAAAGUGAAGGGAUAUGAAGUUCUUGCAGGUGUAAUUAAUAGAGUUCGCAAUUAUGGAGAGGAAAAGAAUAAAAAAUUUUUGGAAAACAUGAUGAAAUUAUAUGUUGACAUCAUUAUCAAUGAUAAAGAAAUUAUGCAAAUAAUGAAUUUUGAUGCAUUUGAGACCUUUAUUAAGUUAAUUUCUGCAAGCUAGUAAUAUGAAGUAAUAUCCUUGUCUUUAGAUAAUUUGAAGAAUCUUUUCUUGUCUAACUGGAAGAAUCUCAUCAUUGCUAGAAGACUUAAAUCAACCUAUCACUUAUUAGCUUUAAUUAUGAGAUUGUUCGAGAGUGAUUAUGAAAGUAGUUCUAGUUCUAUUUUCUAGCCAUUAAACGGAGUUGAAACAAAUGGAGUAACUAAUUAAAUUACUAAAAAUACAGAGAAUCACAAUGAAAUUAGCAUCCUCGAAGGCUUAAAAUAUGUUUAUUAGCUGAACAAUCCUAUUUUUUACUCUAGCGAAAUUACACAAUCUAAUAUGCCUAUUGGAAAGCAAUAAAGAGAAGAAUUAUUAUAAAAAGUGAAUGAAAUUCUCAAAAUAUACUCAUAUGUAGAGGGAACUUUUUCUACAGAGUACGAGUACGCAUUUACAGAAAUUAUAUUGAAGAGCAUUUAAAGAGAUGAUAAUAAAAACUCAACAAUAUAUUUCCUCGACACUCUUUUUGAUUUUAUGGAAAGAAAGUAAUAGAGAAAAUGUUGCUAAAUUUCUACUUUCGACAACACUUUCCACGGAUUAAUGGAGUGUCUAAAAGAAAUUGCAACUAUCCUUCUAUAAAAAAUUACAACUCCAGAUUAAAUAAAAAUUUGUUUAGAUGAUGAUGAGACUGUUCAUUAUUUGGGGAAAUUUUUGUUUUUCAGUGAUUAGUAUUUGAGCUGUGAUCAUUCAAGCUAAUUACAGAAAGAUGAAAGAAUGAAAAAGUUAGAGAGAGAAAAUACGCUUAUUAAGAGCAUUAUUUGCAGAAAUCAAUGUGAAGAAACAAAGAAAAUAAUAUCUGAGAAGUAUGUAAACAAAUUGCAAGAAAAAGAGGAGGUAAAAAUGUUGAUGAAGGUUAUUAAAUUUAAUAAGUUAAAAAAUGAUAAUAAUUAUACUGAAUAUGCCUACAGAGUCUUGGUUGUUUUGAAAGAUAUUCUGGUUAACAAUCCUCAAAGAGCUUAGUAAUUCAUAGAGAUGGAUGGAAUUUUUAUCCUUUCUUACUUGGUUUCUAAAAUUAUUUAAGAUUUCAAUUACGUCGAGAGAGCUUGUAUGCUUUUCAUAGAUAUUUGCCUGAACGUAAAUAAUUCUAAUGCUAUUUUAAGUAAUCCAUUGCUUAAGUAAGAUGAUGAAAAAAUUCCUUCAAUAGAACCAAAGAGAUCAAUAUGUUUGAAUGCUUUGUUUUGUAGUUUAUUCGAUGCUAAUUUAAAAGAUUCACAUCAUGUAUUUUUUGAAUAUUUGGGAAAAGUAAUUUUAAAAUCUAGCAAUUUAAAGGUUUUUAAAAACGAAAGCUACAUUCUAAUCUUUUUAUUAGAGUUAUUGAACACAAGUAGAGUUUUAUCCAAAGAUAAUAAUUUAUACACAUAAAUUCUUAGUAUAUUCGAAAGAAUUAUUCAAAAACCUAAUUCUGAUGAAAUCAAAUUAGUCCUUGAUAGUUUGUUGAAUUAUAACAACUUAAUGCAAUUAAGUCAUAAUAAAUAAUCCACUUCAUUCUUUACUGAUGCUCUCUCAAUUAUGGCUAUUCAUAUUUUAUUAAAUACCACACCUUAGCUACAUACAAGACCAACAAUACUUGAAAAAGUAAGUCCUCUUCUCGAAAAGAUAAUUAGCUAAAAUUACAUUUAUAAUCUAUUUGGAUGCCUCAAUUGUCCUAACUUAGAAGUGACAGAAAUGGUGCUUAAGUUUAUACUUUCUUGCAUGAGCAUUUACUCAAAGACUAAAAAAACAGAAGUCUAUGGAAAAAAAGAAUAUUUCUACCAUUUAAUUGGUGAAAAGCUUCAGAAAGGAAAAAUUAAUUAGAAUAUCUGUAAAAUUCUCUACGACUUUACUUUCUGGGAGUACAAUCCAAAUAUUUUAUAUCCAAGUAACUCCUCUGUAGUUUCAACAUUGCUCAAUAGAAGUGGAUAAGCUAAUAGUAUUAUGAACUUAUCUAAGUCCCAAAUGGAAUAACAGAAAGGUGGAAAGACUAUCACUAAUAUAUAUCUGCUUGAAAUAUUCUUUAAGGUGUUAAAAGAAUAUGAACCAGAAAAUCAAAAUGACGAAAAUUCUAUUUCUUUUAGAAAUGAAAUGCUAAACAUUUUUGAAGCAGUCCUUGAUGAACCAAACAACGUUAACUUAAUUCUUGAUCAAACUAGUUUCCUAAAUUGGUUCUACUUACUGCUUCCAAAUAAAUGGUAAGAUCUGUCUGAUCCUCAUGAUAAUUUUAAAUCACAGUAACAGCAAUCAAACAAUUUAAGUCAAAGCAAGAUUUCUAAUAAUUUAAUCAACAAUUCAAUCAAUUUAAAAAAUUCAGGAAAUCAAAAUCUUCAAAACAACUAAAGUAAUUUAAGCAAUCACCUAUUCAAUAGCGCUGAAAAAAAAUAAACUGAUAACAGCGUAUUAGCUCAUGAUUAAACAAAUUAAAAUAUCAAAAGCGAAUUAAAUAAUAACACUUCUAAAAAUUAAUUUGUAAAUUAAACUCCUUAGAUGAAAAUGUCAAUGGAUAGCAACAGCAAUAACAGCAGCUAGAGUUUAGGACAAUCACAAAAAUUCAAGCAAAUCAGCAAUUCUCAGUAUAUGGCAUUUAAGUUGGAGAAAGAAAAAAUAUUUACUAUAAUUCAGAAAAUCAUGGUUCAUUUCUUCCAUAGAAAGCCAGCUGAUUUCGAUUUUAUUGAGUAUUUUAAACGCUUUUCUCACUCAGAUGAUGAAUUUGUCAACAUUAUUAUUAAGAACUUCUUCAAUGAGCUGCUUUCAAGAAAUAAUUGUAUAUUUAAAGACGAUUCAGCAUAAUAUUUCUUGAAAAAUUUCAAGGCUUUUAUUGAUGGCAUAGACUCAUAUAUUGGAUUUGAAGCAGAAAUACAUAGACUCAUUCUUUAAUGCAUUAUUAAGAUGAAUGCUAAAAAUGAUUAAAAGAUACGUGCAUAGAUGAAAAAUUUGGGUUUAUUUGAAAAGAGAGAUAACCUAAUUAUAAGGAUUAUCACUUAUGAAUAAGAUGGAAAUAAAUUUGUCAAAAUAUUUGAAGGUAUCUCAUUUGAAGCUUUAGCAAAUCAUCCCUAAUUUGAAAAAAAUCACUCUUUAUCAUCAUUGAUGAAGAUAUUUAUUUAAAAUUAAAACAACUUCCCUCUACAAAUUCUUAUUAUGACUAUCUUGAAGAACCCUUCUUUAAGUGAAAGCAACUAGAAGUAUGUCGCCAAUUUAUUAGAAAAUCCAAAGUUAGUGUAAUUUUUGUUUCCUACUUUACUAAGACGUAAAUAAAGCUCUAUAGCCAAAUGUCUGUAGUCUAACUUGAAUAACUCAAAUAAUAAGAAUAACAAUUCAAAUAAUAACAACAAUAACGAUGAUAACGAUCAAGACUCAGACUCUCAAGAUGAAGGAGAAGGUGAAGAAGCCCAAAAGCGCAAAUAGUCUGCUUCUAAGAGCGUGCAUAGAGGUGCCUCUUUUGAGGAUGAUUUCUUAAAUGAUUUUUACAGUUAAGAAAACGAAAAUCUACGUAGAGACAUAAUAAAUAGAAUAGAAGCAAAUUUAAGACCUAUCUUAAGAGAAAAAGAGAAGGAAGAAAAGAGUAUUAAAGAUAAGAAGAAAUAAGAUAAAUAAAAAUAAAAUGAAGUUCUAAAAAAAGAGGCAGAAAAAGCAAAAGAGAAAAUUUCAAAGAUAGAACAAGAAAUUCAAAUAAAAUUCUAAUAAUCGUUUAAUGAUCACAAAAUAAAACAAGAUGAAUUUAAUAAUUUCAGAGAAGAUAAAAUGAAAGAAGGAGAACGUAAAUUCAUAGAAUAUAGUAAGACUGUGUGA